AUGGCUAAAACUAAAUCUAGAGGUAGAAAGCUUUUGAAGAAGCAACAAAAGGAUGAGUUCCAUCCAUCAACAAUCUCCCAUGAGGAUAAAGAUAACCACCAAGAAGAAGAAUAUACCAAUGGUCAUGAAGAGACUGACUCGUCCUCCCAUUCCAACCAACAAAUGUUCUUUGGUGUGUUAGACAGGGAAGAAUUAGAAUAUUUCAAACAAGCAGAAUCUACCUUAUCAUUAGACGCAUUCGAAUCCCCCGAUGAAAAAUUCCAAUUCAUCAGUAGUAUUAUAGAUGAAGCUAAGGGUAAAGAAUUGAAAUUGGUGACAUCUCAAAUUUGUUCAAAAUUAAUGGAACGUCUUAUUUUGGAAUGUGAUGAUACUCAAUUGAAAACUUUAUUUCAAGCUUUCAAUGGUGUAUUUUUCAAUAUGGCUUGUCAUAAAUAUGCCUCUCAUGUUUUGGAGACUCUUUUAGUGAGGAGUACUGCACUUGUUGAGAAGGAAUUAUUGACUCCAAGUUUUGAUACUGAUAACAAUGAUAAUGAUGAUGGGGCAGUGUUUGUCUCUAUGGAAAACCUAUUUUUGUUCAUGUUAAAUGAAUUGAAACCUCAUUUGAAAGAUAUGGUGAAUCAUCAAUAUGCAUCUCAUGUUCUAAGAUUGAUCAUAUUAAUUCUUUCUUCUAAAGUUUUACCAAACACUACUCAGAAUAAUUCUAUUGUUCGUUCCAAGAAAUCCAAAAUUGCUAGGAAGAUGAUUAAUAUUAAAGACAAUGAAGAUUUUAAUAAAGUUUACCAAACUCCAGAAUCGUUUAAAAAUGAAUUGCGUAAUUUAGUGAACACAUUAUACAAGGAUUUCACCAAUAAUGCAGAAUCACGUUCCGCGAUUACCAUGACUCAGGUAACUAAAUUUAGAGAGUAUUGUGUGGAUAAAGUUGCCUCACCUGUCAUUCAAUUGAUUAUUCAAGUGGAAGGUAUUUUCGAUAGAGACCGGUCAUUUUGGAGGUUAGUAUUUAAUACUAACGAUGAGAAGGAUUCUAAAGAGGAAGCAUUUAUGGAAUAUUUAUUAUCUGAUCCUGUGGGAUCUCAUUUCUUGGAAAAUGUUAUUGGUUUUGCCAGGGUCAAAUACGUGGAGAGACUUUACAAUUUAUAUAUGAAGGAUCGUAUUUUGAAAUUGGCUAAGAGAGAUACGACUGGUUCAUUCGUUAUUCAAAGUUUACUACAACAUUUGAAAAGUAAAGAAGUUAAAGAAAUAUUGGAUGCUGUAGUUCCUGAAUUAAGUAUGCUAUUGAAUUCCAAUAUGGUAUUUGGUACUACUAUCAUUGAUUCCAGUAUUAAACAAGAUAAUUAUUUGAGAGAUGAUAUUAUUGAACAAUUAUUGAAGAAAUAUUAUCCAAGAGAAUCAUUAGAAAAGAAUAUAUUAGAAAGUUGUUUGAAUUUAAGUUCAUCUACUUUGGGUAACACUAGAGAUGAUUGGCCAACAGCAGAAGAAAGAAGGCGAUCAAUCUUCCUUGAAAAAUUAAUAGAUUAUGAUGAUAAAUUCUUGGAGAUUACCAUAGAUAGUAUGUUGAAAUUACCAGAACAAAGACUAUCACAAAUGUGUUAUCAUGGUGUUUUUUCUCAUGUUGUUGAACAUGUAUUACAAACUAAGAGAGUCAAAGUUGUUAAAAGGAAACAAUUAUUGAAUGUGUUAUGUAAAGAUGUUGUCAAUAUGGCAUGUAAUGCAUACGCUUCUCAUAUAAUGGAUAAAUUAUGGGAAUUUACAGCCAAAUUGACAUUAUACAAGGAACGUAUUGCUAAUGCUCUAAGGAGUGAAUCUGAAAAAGUUAAGAAUAGUACGUAUGGUAGACAAGUUUGGAAAAACUGGAAUUUAGAACUAUAUGUCAGAAAGAAUCGUGAUUGGAAAAGACUUGUUAAAGAACAAGAAUUGGAAAUAUUCCCAGAUAGCAGACCAUUACAACCUAAGGGUACUUUUUCAACCAAGAGAGAAAAUGACGGAUCAGCAGACUCUCAACAAUACAAGAGGCAUAGAAAUAAUGAAAGGUCUUAA